GCCACGCGCACGCGCAUGGCCGCCAUCGAACGCUUCGCGCGCGCGCGCAACACCAACGGGGCUUUCUAGAGGUGUCACGCAGCGCGAGAGCGUCGAUCUCGAUGCCAGGGAACCAUGCGGGGGCUGCCAUUUCGUCUGGCGCCGCUGGUUUCAUUGCCGAUCCCAUCGCCCCAGAGGCGCCACAUCCUUGACCGGGCCUCGCGGCGAGGGCUUUGACUUCUCCACGCUCAGCCCCAUUCGAGUUCCCAAGCUCUCGUGUGUGGCCGCAUUCGAAUCUCACAAGAAGAUGGUUGACACUGAGUUUUUCACUGAAUAUGGAGAAGCAAGCCAAUACCAGAUUCAAGAAGUGAUUGGCAAGGGAAGCUAUGGGGUAGUGGGAGCUGCAAUUGAUACCCAUACUGGUGAGAAGGUGGCUAUCAAGAGGAUCAGUGAUGUAUUUGAGCAUGUUUCUGAUGCUACCCGCAUCCUGAGAGAGAUCAAACUCCUCAGGUUGCUUCAUCAUCCGGAUAUUGUAGAGAUUAAGCAUAUAAUGCUUCCACCUUCGAGGAGAGAAUUCAGGGAUAUUUAUGUUGUUUUUGAGCUGAUGGAAUCUGAUCUUCAUCAAGUUAUAAAGGCAAACGAUGAUCUCACCCCUGAGCAUUAUCAAUUUUUCCUUUACCAGCUCCUACGAGCACUGAAGUAUAUCCAUACAGCCAAUGUUUUCCAUCGGGAUUUAAAGCCCAAAAAUAUUCUAGCCAAUGCGGACUGCAAGUUGAAAAUUUGUGACUUUGGGCUUGCUCGUGCAUCUUUUAAUGAUUCACCAUCAGCAGUAUUCUGGACUGAUUAUGUGGCAACAAGAUGGUAUCGAGCUCCUGAAUUGUGUGGCUCCUUUUUCUCUAAGUACACACCUGCAAUUGACAUUUGGAGCAUAGGAUGUAUAUUUGCAGAAAUGCUUACAGGAAAGCCAAUAUUUCCUGGUAAGAAUGUGGUUCAUCAGCUGGAUAUCAUGACCGACCUUCUUGGUACUCCUUCAGCUGAAUCUAUUGCAAGGAUCCGAAAUGAAAAGGCAAAAAGAUACUUGAACAAUAUGCGGAAGAAACCACCAAUCCCUUUCAAGCAGAAGUUCCCAGAUGUAGAUCCUUUGGCUCUUAACGUGCUAGAGCGCCUACUUGCCUUUGAUCCUAAAGAUCGGCCUACUGCUGAAGAGAUUUGUUCUCAGGCAUUAGCUGAUCCAUACUUUCAUGGACUGGCCUGUAAAGAUCUUGAACCAUCCACACAACCGAUAUCAAAAAUUGAAUUUGAGUUUGAAAGGAGGAACUUGACAAAAGAUGAUGUUCGAGAAUUGAUUUAUAGAGAGAUUUUGGAGUAUCACCCUCGGAUGCUGCAGGAGUAUCUUCGUGGUUCAGACCAAGCAGGCUUUAUGUAUCCAAGUGGAGUUGAUCGUUUUAAGCGACAAUUUGCUCAUCUUGAAGAGCACUAUGGGAAGGGGGAAAGAAAAACACCACUUCAGCGGCAGCAUGCCUCCUUGCCAAGGGAGAGGGUAUGCAUGCCAAAUGAUGAAAAUAAAAUAGCCGAUCGAGAUGAUGAUUUUGAAAAGCGGAGUGCUGCUAAUGUUGGGCGUACUAUCUUAGAAAGCCCUCCAAGGUCAAAGCAAGGCGAGGGAUUUGAGCAUAAACAGCCUGGUGAAAAUGGUGUAAAUGGAGCAAAUUAUAGUGCCCAACGAAGCUUGUUAAAGAGUGCCAGCAUUAGUGCUUCCAAAUGUGUCAUUGUGAAACAAAGAUUGGAUUCAAAGGAUGAUGCGAUAUCUGAGCAUGCUGAUGACACAUUAGAUGGCAUCACACGAAAGGCCGCUAGACUGGGUGUGUAUGAGAAUUAAAUUUCUAUAAAAUUACCUAUUGAAUAUACUGGGCAAGCCCUUGAAGUGCUUAAAAAGGCCCCAGCUUUUUUUGAUCAUUCAUGCGGAGAUUUUUAUGGUCCUGGUUUCAGUUACGAAAUGUUAACAGAGCUGAUGAACCCAGUCUCCGAUCUCGGAUCACACAAAACACAGAUUGUUGAUCAAUUUUUUAGGAAUGGUUGCCAAGUACAUUGAUGGCAGGAUACAAAUCCAUGUUUGUACUGCACAUCAGACUUGUGCAUUGUUGUUCCUUUCUCUAAUGCCAUUUCUUUGUAAACUUGAUAUAUUCCUUGAUACUGUAUAUAGUUCUAGUAUUCAGUUGAUUUCAA